AUGGUGGGUGAGAAAAAGCUGCUAGAUGAUCCUCUUGAACUAAGUUUAACUGAAGAUGAAUUGACGGAGCAAGAGGGACAAGAGGUCAUGGGUUAUGUGAAGUGGCUUGAUUCCUAUGGGCCCUUGAACAGAAGAUAUUUUGAGGAAUUGGGAGCAGUUCCAAAAGAGCUAAAGACAUCUACUGAAAAGCCUCCAGAACUUGAAUUAAAGGUGCUUCCUAGUCACUUGAGGUAUGAAUUUUUGGGUCAAGAUAAAAAGCUGCAAGUUAUUGUUUCAGCUUCUCUCUCUGAUGUGGAAACUGAUAGACUUCUGAGGGUACUCCGAGCUCAUAAUAAGGCCAUCGCUUGGACACUAGGUGAUGUCAAAGGAAUCAGUCCUUCAACAGUGAUGCAUCGAAUUCUCAUGGAAGACAAUGCCAAACCGACAAUUGACGCUCAACGAAGACUCAAUCCACCCAUGAAAGAAGUUGUUAGAAAAGAAGUAGUUAAGUGGUUGGAUGCUGGAGUUGCUUAUCCUAUUUCAGAUAGUAAGUGGGUUAGCCCGGUGCAAGUGGUCCCAAAGAAAGGUGGAAUGACGAUAGCUAUAGCACCUGAAGAUCAGGAGAAGACUACUUUCACAUGUCCCUACGUUUUUGGUUCUUCCUUCGAUCAUUGUUUGGAAAAUUUGGAAAAAGUGCUAACAAGGUGCGAGAAGUCUAACUUGGUGUUAAACUGGGAGAAGUGCCACUUUAUGGUAACAGAAGGAAUUGUUCUUGGGCACAAAAUUUCAAAGGCAGGAAUUGAGGUGGAUAAGGCUAAAGACUUCUCCAAAAUCUCAAAACCUUUAUCUAGUUUACUUGUCAAUGGUGUAUCAUUUGAGUUUGGAGAAGAUUGUUUAAAAGCUUUCAAGAUUUUAAAGGAGAGAUUGAUUACAGCACCGAUAGUAACUUCACCAAAUUGGGAAUUGCCGUUUGAGUUUAUGUGCGACGCAAGAGACUAUGCCAUUGGAGCGGUCUUGGGAUAA